AUGUCCGAACACUUUCUUCAAUAUCGGCGUGGAGGGUAUGCCGGUAGAGGCGGCUCCUCCCAGGGUGGUCAGCCUUCAAGCUCUCCUGCACUUUCCGCGUUGCCGCAAGAACGCACGCUCACAGAAGGCUUAUCCGCGACCCCCAUCGAAACCGUCACAAAGCCAACAUCGGCGUCAGAGGCAGUGAUAGCCGUCAAACAACUCGAAUACAUCGGGUCUUUCAACUGGACCAGUGCCAGUAAGCCUACCAUCAUUGUUCCAGGGUGCCCUCCACUCUGGCGCGACCGCGCCUUGCCCUAUAAAGUGCCGCGUGAUAGCGGGGUCAGGUUCGUGGACCAGACCGGCUACCACAUGCCGGCAUAUCCGCUGUAUUCCUUGGUGCGGGCCGUGGAUAUAAUGUCAGAGGACAAGGGCGAUUCCUUUGAUUGGAGUACAGUCGACAUCGUUACCGACCGCAACGGUCUUCGGAAACUACUACGGUGGCUCAAUGACGACGGCACUGCCAAAGACUUCCGGAUCGACACGCAGUUGGCGGGGAGGCGCACUGUGCUGCUGAACCGCUGGGAGAAGAAGACGAGAGAGAUGCCCAACCCUCAAUACUCCACUUACGGCUUCAGUUUCGAGCGCGAGAGCACGUAUCGAGCGCCCGACUGCGAACAGGCGAGCGGUUACCACCGCAUCGUCAAAUACGAUCUAGACGGGCUCACCAUGGUCGUCCGCUUCGAGGUUGACGCUUGCCUUCCCACGGGCACGUCUGCGUCGGCCUCGCGGCGCCAGACCGCCUCCACCGAUGUGGACAGCUUGUCCAACAUGUUGUCCGGAUUGGCGGUUGCGUCUGGCGCAGGCAAGGGCCCCGCCGUUGACAAGGGAGCCUCCACCACCGAGCUCGACAUCAUUCGCGCCGGACAGCCAGUCCCGCAGAGUUCGCUUAUCGAGAUGACGACGCGCUCGCGGAACAACGCCAUGAAUUACGACUGGAUCGAGCAAUACCCCCAGCUGUUCCUCUCGCAGACACCCCACCACUAUCUCGCUGUCCACAAUCGUGGCAAAUUCGAGGACAUCACGAAGCGUGCCCUUGGUGACGCGGAGAUGAAGAGGACUGAGGCGCGGCUGCAGGGCAGCUUCAGGAAGCUGAGAGCCGCUCUGGAGGCUAUCCAGAACCUCAUUGUUGAGCAUGGGGAGCGAGGUAGGCUCAGCUUGGUCUUUCGGGAUGGUGCUCUCCAGGUCUUCGAGAGGAAGUCCCAGGACAGUUGCUUGCCCGAGGCCAUGCUGAGUCGAUUCGACGGCCUUUGA